UGUUACUCGUGUCGGCGGUAACGGUGAAGAAGAUUGGGCGAUAACGAGGAGAGAAGAAAUCAAAGAAAUCAAAAUCAGCCUCAAAAAAUGCCAUACAGUGCGGCGUUUUCGUCGCUCAGUCAGAGAUCAAUCUGAGCGUAUGAGAUUGGAGUCGAGGGGAAAAGCUAAGCUAGAACUUGGGACUAUGGUUCGCAUCCUGUCAAGUCUUUUAAGUAACUUCCUCCUCCUGUUCUGGCAGUAUAGAAGUCAUUGCAUCCAGUAUUGCAUAUCGGCUUUACGAAGUGUUCGGAUACUGAGGAAUUCACAAAGGGUCACACAUAGUCGGAGUUAUCAUCGGUCAUUCACACUGUUCAAACUUUGUUUCCCCUCUACCGAGUCUUUCAAGGUCUUUCAGCGCCUAUGAGAUGACUUCUUCAAUUGCGGCUUGAGGCCUUCUAGCGCUCAUCAAAGCAGUGGUGAUAUCUUUAACUUGUUAUAGUCAGAGGAUCAUUACUAGAGUCGAAGAUCUUGGGAAUCAAUUAUUCAACGUCCAAGGGCAGUUCACUUCUGGGAAGAGGGGAGGGAAUCUUAAGGUUUAGAGUAAGUCGAGUGGAUUUCGUUGGAUGAACUUGAACAUCCGAGACGAUGUUGAAAGUGAUUUGUUAAAUUAAUUGGUACUGAGAAUUAGUACCAAGAAACAAUUUCGAGAAAAAGUAAAUAUCAGAA